GAAUUAUUUAUUACAAAUAUAGGCAACAGAUUUGUUUAAAAUAUAAGGUAUAAAGGCAGAACAGGGAUUAAUCAUAAAAGCUAAUUAACUGCUGGUGUAACUGAUAAGGAGGCAGUUUAUCAUUACCUUCACAUUAACAUUAAUCAAACAGGAGGCUAAAGGAUUCCAACAAAAGAAAUGGUAGAAACAGUAGUGAAUUUCUUUGAGAUAUAAAUACUGCUAAAAAUGAAUUAUCAUGCUAUGUUGUCGAACUUUACCAAGGGAGGGGUAGAUGACCCAGAAUAUGAUCUACUACGUGAGGCUGGACUCCGGGGAUUCAUCAUAUUUCUUUAUGUCGCAGUCAUCGUGCUGGGAGUGCUUGGUAACAGUAUCGUUGUAAUCAUCGUCAUCAGGAAUCCGCAAAUGAGAAAUGUCACAAAUAUCUUCAUAACGAACUUAGCGAUUUCAGAUAUCGCACUGUGUAUAUUUAAUCUUCCAUUUCAACUGCACUAUCAGUUAAUGGAUACAUGGAUAUUCGGGGAAACAAUGUGUCGUGUCAUCUUCUCAACAUUUGGCGUCCCGUUACAGGCAAGUACUUUAUCUAUGAUGGCGAUUGCGAUGGAUCGUUACUGGUUAAUCGUAUACCCUCUGCGUCAACGGAUGUCAAUAACACAAUGUAUUAUUAUAAUAAUCAGCAUAGCGACAUUCAGUUUACUUUUAGCAACACCUUUAUUUUUCUUCUCACAUAUCUUUGAAGUGGUCGAUCCUGAUUUGAAAAUCCACCGAUUAUACUGUAUAGAGACAUGGCCCCGAGAAUCAGAAAAACAAGUGUAUAGCAUCGCAUUAUUCACCGCCCAAUUCUGUAUUCCUGUUAUAUUGACAGCAUUGAUUUACGCAAGGAUCUACGCACGUUUAAAAAAUAGACCAAUCAGAAGACAAGACACUGCCGGGAAAAUGAAAACCACCAAAAUUCUGAUUUCAAUUGUUAGUGUUUUCAUUAUUUGCUGGUUACCUUGGAAUGGAUUCACGUUGUUGCUGGAAAUCGAUAAAACUUUGGUGACAGGUCGACAUACCAAAACAGUAGACAUGAUUUUGAAGGUGUUUGCGAUGAGCUCGGCAUGUAUAAACCCAUUUCUCUACUGCUGGUUAAAUGAAAACUUCCGAAAAGAAUGGGACAAAUUUGUGUCAAAAGUACAGCAAACUACGCCACUAAUAUUUCGAUCAGAUGGACAUACAAAUCUUCAGACCUCUGUGUUACAUUCCAAUCAGGUUAAUAACAACAUACCUAGCAAUGCAGUAUCAAUGCCUGCAUGUAUUCAAAAUCAGAAAUCAAAAUCACUCACAAAAUUCCAAACCCAAAAUAAUGUUUUUAAGCUAAAGAAAUCUGAUAACAAGCAGCAAAAUGGUUGCUCUAAAAACCUCCUAACUGUCAAUAGCUGUGACACUAAAUUACAAAUGAAUGGAUGCUCUAAAGUAAAUGACCCCUCAUCUAAGGACUUAACAGAAGUUGACAGUCCACAGGAACUGCAAAAAUGCUCACUUAUGGUGACAAUGGAUAAAAUGUUCUCAAAGAGUGACAUAUUGCACCAAGGUAAUCUUGAUUAUGACACCAAAUUGUAUAAAGAAACAUUGUCAAUAUGAACAUAUGCACAUUGCAUUUAUAAUGAACAUUUCAAUGAAUCCUCAUUUUACCAUAUUCAUGAUUUAUGACUUAUUCUUAAUAAAGCAUACCAGUGUAUUAUUUUAUUUUUCAAUUCAACAAAACAAAUGUAACAGCUUUUGUCUGUUAAUGUGUUUUAGGAUGAGAGACACGAAGCUGAUGGCUAUGAAAAAAUUAUUAGAAAUUGUAAUACUUUUUAUCGUUAUAAUAUAUCAUUAAAUACAAUAUCUCCACAGAGAUGUGGACUAUAAUAAGUUAUAAGGUAUUCCAAGGAUGGUGUAAUACUAUGAUUAUUUUGUUUCACUGAACACUAUCAAACAUUCUGUCAUCUCUCUGUGAGUAGUACAAAGUGUAGAUUAGUUUCAUUAAAAAUGACAUUGAAUGAGAAAUGAUGACAUAAUUGUGUUUCUCUAACAAUAAACACGGAAACUAAUAUUGAUUGUGACAACUGAGAUUAUUUGUAUUUCUGUUCUUGUAAAUGUAUCAUACCAUUGAUUUUGAAAUGGAUCGUGUAUGCCAAUGCCAUUCUAUCGCAGCUGUAAAAACAUGAUGAGCAAAAAUAGAUCAUCUAUUGUAUAAUUCUAAGCAAAGAGAGAUCAUUAAACUCUGUGAACAGCUAUCAGUUGACACACAUAUUAAUCAUAUGACUACAGGAACAGGAAGCGUAGGAAAUAAUCUGUUUAAUAAUUUCUGAGUUUCUAGGGGUUUCGUGAUUGAGGAAAGUAGAUCGUGUUAAACUAAUUAUAUCAAUGUUCAACAUUAUUCGUUUUUGUCACACUAAGAUUUAUAUUUUCAAAUCAGAAUUUCCUCUGAGCUGGUCUAAUAUGAUGUAAAAUAAAACUAUGUAUAUUCAACAAAUGAAAUAGACAGAGCAUGAUAUGCUCUACAUCUAUUAUUAAUACCCAAG